ACAGAAAUGAUCCUGUCCCACUGCGCCUCAGACACAGUGGACUCAUCUGAGGAUCAAACUGGAGAACUACUGAAACGGAAUAUUUACCAUUUACUAUUUCAUUUGUAUUGUUUGCAUUAUACGUGCAGCAGCAACUUUUCAACUGCGGAAAAGGAAUACCGUAAGUGGUGGUUUUAUUAAUGUUUAAGGACACAGUCUAGUCCCCUUGUCCGUGCAGCUGAAGCCUCCUCUCCGUGCACAAUGCACGUGUGUGGCUGCAGCGCUCCGAACCUGCGGAGGUUUCUGCUGAGGGCUCUGUUCUUCUUGGCUGCUGUGCUGCCGACGAGCGGUGACUGCCCCAAAUCAUGCGCUUGCAACGUUCCCACUGAAGUGCACUGCACCUUCAGAUACCUGACCGCAAUACCUGACCACAUCCAGCCAGCUGUGGAAAGAAUUAACCUCGGGUACAACAGUAUAACUGUCUUAAGGGAAAAUGAUCUUUCAGGACUUGGAAACUUAGAGUUGUUGAUGCUACAUAGCAACACUAUCCACAGUAUUGAUGACAGAGCCUUCCAAGACCUCAAGUCCUUACAGGUCCUGAAGGUGUCCUUUAAUAAAGUAAAGGAGAUCAGGAAAGAGACGUUCAAAGGUCUAGACAGUUUGCUGAGACUCCACAUUGACCACAACAACAUUGAAUUCAUCAGCCCAGACGCCUUCUACGGCCUAACCAGACUACAGUUGGUCCAUCUGGAGGGUAACCACCUCCAGCAGCUCCACCCAGACACAUUCAUCACACUGAGACACAGCCAGGUGUUCAAGAUAUCCUCCAUGAGAAACAUCCACCUGUCGGAUAACCUCCUCACAACUCUGCCUGAGGGUAUCUUCUCAGGCUGCAGCGAGUUAGAGAACCUCUUCCUUCAUGGCAACCCAUGGACAUGUGAUUGCCGUACGAAGUGGUUCUCAGUCUGGGUGCAAAGGAACACAGGUGUGCUGAAAUGCAAGCGAGACAGAAGAUAUCCCAGAGGCCAGCUGUGUCCUGUUUGUGAAAGUCCUGCCCCUUACCACAACAGGCCUCUAUCUCUUCUCACUGAUGAUGCCUUCACUUGUACCAAACCAUGGAUCCAACCCCAUCUAAAGAAGAAAAACAUCAGCCUGGAUGAAGGAGACUAUACUCCAGUUUCCCCCAAGGACUUCAUUGCCCCAUUAGGCUCCAUACAACUGAAGCUGACUGACCAGUUACACAGUGAUGCCAGCUUGUCCUGCACUGUCCAGAGGCCCUCUGCUUUGGAGAACCUGACACAAACCUUAGAGGAGGGGGAGGGGAACAAUGCCACCAUGCUUACUGCGAGCAUAAGUACAUAUUUGGUGUGUAACAUUGACCAUGAACACAUACAGCAGCUGUGGCAGAUGCUGGCCACCUACAGUGACUCUCCCCUAAGACUGGAGAGAGGCUUAAUGCUGACGAGAAGCCCAGAAAUGGUGUACAGGUAUAGUCAGAUGAAGAAAACAAAUGAGGGAGAGGAAGGAAUUUAUACAAACAUUGAGGCUGAGAUUAAAGCCUCACCUGCAUGGUUGAUGCAGGGAGAGGUGAGCUUCCAGCUGGACCGCACUACUACCACCUUCUCUACUCUGCACAUUAAGUACGAGUCUGUGGUCAACCUACGUGUGGAAAACACAUCACCUAAGAGGGACCGAUAUUCCUGGACCAUGAUCAAGCAAGACAAUAAAACACAGACUGAAUACACUGUAAUUACAGGUGGUGUGGUGCAAUUGAGCUGUCAAAUCCAGGGUGAGCCAAAGCCUUUGUUGGAGUGGAUUUUACCAGAUGGAAGUAAGGUCAGAGCUCCUUUCUCCAGUGAUGACAGGAGGAUCAUAAUCACUGCUGAGGGGAAGCUCACUCUACGGGGUGCAGAUGCUUCAGACACUGGUCUCUACCGGUGCAUCACCACAAACUACCUGGAUGCAGAUGUGCUUGUUUUUCGAGUGACAGUCCUGUCCCCCGACGUGGAAGAAUCUGAUGUUAACGGUGUCCAACUCUCACAGCCACUUGGUGAAAAUCUGUUUUUUGACUGUAGCUCCUCAGGAAGUCCUGAGGCGUCGCUCCAAUGGAUACUCCCUGACCACUCAGUAGUGGGCAGUUCUCAUGGGAACAGAAAAGUGUAUGAUAAUGGAACCUUGCUGGUUAAUGGUCUCACAGCAAGGGACAGUGGAUUUUACAGAUGUUUAGUUUCGAAUCACCUCGGAUUUGAUCUGCUCGUGUCUCAGGUGACAGUGACUGGAGAAACAUCUGAAAGGGUGACAGUUUUGGACAGUGAAGGAUCCGGGCUGGAAAUGGAGGACAAGGUUUACCUUAGCCUAACUGAAAACACAGACACUCUCAAUGAGAUCCCCUCCUCCAGUCCCUCGGACGGAACAAGUCAGGAAUCCAGGACCAUUACCUCAGAUCGGCCUUACCCCAGACUCAGGUCACAGGUUAGGGUAGGUGCUGGAGGUAGACUCGGAAAGAAAAGGAAGGGCCCAGUCAGCAACAGACGCAUCUGGAGUAAUAGGGUGUUUGAUAAAUCUUCCAGGAAAGUGGAUCCGCAGAAAUUUGCUGAAUUUAUGAAAAAGGCUCAAGAUGGUUUGCGAAUAAAGGCUGGCGCAGAGGAAGAGGGGAUACAAUACUAUCACUUGAAUACCAUCAUAUCUGGUGAUGGUGAAAUUGGCUCUGAAACACAGCUCCAGUUCUCAGGAGCACAACCUGCAGAGUCAGAGACGUCAACUGGGACGUCGCUUUCAUUUACCACGGACCCUCAUGUUACUCCCAUGAUGGAUGGUCCAGGACCAUUGGAGCUCAUUGUUCACACAUCUACAGACCCAGAAAGCCAGACAACAUUCACAGCCGUCAGCACCACAGAGAGACAUCAAGAUGAGAUAACCUUCCACACUACCCAAACCAUCAAAUCCCCCCGUCUGCCGCCCGGAUCAACCAUCAUCUCCCGUCAGCAAAUUCAAAUCAUCCCAAACAAGAACAGCAGAGGUGGGGGGCGCAGGAGAACCUUUCAUGGCCGCCGGAGGGUCAUUAAACCAAAUAGGAUCACUGACAUACAGUCCUUCAUCAAUAAAGUGAAACAACCCUCAGUAAAGAAGGAAGGGAAGUCCACAGUGCCAUAUAGAAUUGAACUGACCACAGCGUGUGACUGGGAUGAAGACAAAAAGAAGACCGAAACCACUGAUUUGCAGAUGGUUACACCAACAGCUCCAUCUGAUUCAUCUUUACACAGGACAGAGAGACCUUCCUCUGCAGCUUCUACCACAAACUAUUACAUUACUUCAAAUUCUCCAUUCACCCACACUGAGUCUAAGAAAGAGGACAGAGCUCCAGUAGUUAUUUCUGCUUACCAAACAUCAAAGGAGGAGACUGACUUAAAUGAGGAAUUUGAUUGGAGCACAUCUAGCAGUUUAUCUGCCUUUACUACAACCAAGGCACCCUUGAUCCCUUCAACUGCAUUAACCCCUACCACCUCAUUCAUGCCAAUUACCACAAAAAAAUGGCCCUACACAACCGCUCGGACCAAAGUGCAGAGAACACCAAUACAGAGUAACACUGGUCACGCCACUCUUAGACCACCAGUGAGGAAAAUAAGACCAACUGUGCUGAGUAGUGGUGCCAGUGACAUUGCCGAUAAAGAACUUAAUGCAAUGACCAUCCUGACAGAUGAACAGGGACCAAACAACAACAAAGGCCCACACUAUGACAUCUCGAGUGCUCAUGAUCGUGUCACUGGCAAUGAAGCUACACGUACCAAUACUGCUGGCUUUGAACCCACUACAAAUAUUAUGACCAACAAACCUAAGAUAGUUGGGGGCAAUGCAGCUAGCUUCACCGUGUUAUCCAACUCUGAUGCUUUCCUGCCAUGUGAGGCGGUUGGAAAUCCUGAGCCAGCUAUAACUUGGAAACGCUUCUCCUCAACCACAGGUACUGGGAAGAUGGGCAAGUUUGAGGUAUUGAGCAAUGGUACGCUGUUUAUCCAGAAUGCCAACAUUAAGGAUCGUGGCCAGUACAUCUGUUUAGCUGAGAAUGAGUAUGGAUCAGAUAAACUUUUUGUUACCCUGUCUGUGGUGGCCUACCCCUCACGCAUCCUGGAGCCAAAAAUACGUGAGAUAAAGUCUCAUGCAGGAAACACUGUUGAAAUGAAAUGUAGAGCAGAGGGUCGCCCCCUACCCAUGUUGUCCUGGAUCUUGGCCAACCGAACCCAGGUCAAAGGUCAAAACACAGAGAAGGGAAGGGUAUCAGUGUCUGCUGACGGGACUCUGGUCAUUGAGGAGGUGUCUGUUUAUGACAGAGGUCAUUAUAAAUGUAUUGCCAGUAACCCAGCUGGGGCUGAUACUGCUACAGUCCGUCUGCAGGUGGUGGCAUCUCCCCCAGGUAUUGUUGAGGAGAAACGGCAGCAGGUAAAAGUAGGUGUAAACCAACAUUUGUGGCUACCAUGUACUGGCCAAGGCAGCCCUCAACCUGCUAUCCACUGGGUCCUCAAUGAUGGCUCCAUGGUACAAUCUAACAGACCUGCCUCAAGGAUAUCAGUGUAUGUAAAUGGAACCCUACACAUCAAGGAUGUGACUCCAAAAGACAGUGGCAAGUUUGAAUGUAUUGCUACCAGUUCUACCGGCUCAGAGAAGAGGGUUGUGACCCUGACAGUAGAGAGGCAAGAGUCUGCACCUCAAAUAGUGGAGACAUCCCAGCGUGUGACUGUGUUGUUCUUUGAGGACCAGCUGAGACUGAACUGUUCAGCAACAGGAGACCCCAAACCCCAAAUCCUAUGGAGACUGCCUUCUAAAGCUAUAGUGGACCAGGAGCACAGAAUGGGCAGUAGAAUUCAGGUCCUGGAUAAUGGUACUCUUAUUGUGACCGCUAUGAGUGAUAAAGAUGCUGGAGACUAUCUCUGUGUGGCACGAAACAAGAUUGGUGAUGAUCUCCAUCUUAUGAAGGUCAGUGUGUCAAUGAAGGCAGCCAAGAUAGAGCCGAAGCACUAUGGAAAGAAGAAGGUACCCUUCGGUAAUGACUUUAAGGUUGACUGUAAAGCAUCAGGAGCACCAAAGCCAGAGAUCUCCUGGGGUCUACCAGACGGUACAGUGGUCAACAGCGCUCUUCAAUCUGAUGCUAGCAGUGGACAAGGAAGAGCACGGCGCUAUACACUUUUUGACAAUGGAACUCUCUACCUAAACCAGGUCAGUAUGUCAGAAGAAGGGGACUACACAUGCUAUGCUGAGAACCAGGUGGGUAAGGAUGAGAUGCAUUUACAUAUAACCGUGGUGACUGCUGCCCCAAGGAUACGUUCAACUGGCCAGACAUAUGCAAGAGUGAAGCCUGGAGGGAACAUCCGCUUUGACUGUGAAGCACUUGGGGAGCCCAAACCCAAAAUCCUGUGGAUGUUGCCCACCAACGAUGUCAUUGCAGCAUCUAAUGAACGCUACCUCAUGCAUGUCAAUGGCUCGCUGGAUAUUAGGGAUGUGAAGCUUAUUGAUGUUGGAGAGUAUAUCUGUAUGGCUCGAAACCCUGCUGGAGAAAAUAGAAAAGUCUACAAGCUUGAUAUGGAAGGAAAUCCACCAGUCAUUAAUGGCUACCGGCAGAACAGAACAGUAAUCAAAGAUGUCGCUGCCAAAUACUCCAGGAAAUUAAUAGACUGUAAUGCUGAUGGCGAUCCUAUGCCUAGUAUCACUUGGAUUAUGCCUGAUAACAUCUUUAUAAAAGCACCAUACUUUGGCAGCAGGAUUAAUGUCCACCAUAAUGGGACAUUAGAGAUUCGUAAUGUGCGGCCAACUGAUACAGCUGAGUUCAUCUGCAUGGCCAGGAAUGAUGGAGGAGAGGCAGUAAUGGUGGUGCAGCUCGAGGUGAGCAGUAUUCUCAGGAGGCCAAUCUUCAAAAACCCUUUCAACGAACGUGUUGUGUCUCGCAUUGGGAAAACCACAGUGCUAAACUGUUCUGCUGGUGGGUACCCAAUGCCAGAGAUCAGUUGGACUUUGCCAAAUGGAACACGGUUGACUAGUGGCCAUCCCCUAGUUAAAAAUGGGACUUUAGUCAUCUACAACCCUAGCAAAGAGAAUGCGGGGAAGUACCGCUGUGGUGCAAAGAAUUUCAUGGGCUACAUAGAGAAACUAAUUAUUUUGGAUGUUGGGCAGCCUCACAUCCUUACAAGACCUAGAGGCGUAAUACGCAGUGCUGCUGGAGAACCUCUUUUAAUUCAUUGUCUUUCUGAUGGGAAUCCAAGACCACACAUUUACUGGACCAUUCCUGGUGGCCACAUUCUUACUCAGCCUCAAGUCUCUGGGCGCUUCCAGGUACUACAGAAUGGUACUUUGAUUGUUCAGGAUACAACUAUCCACGACCAAGGGAACUACAUCUGCAGGGCUCGGAGCAGUGCUGGGGAGGCUGUGCUCACUGUUCCUGUUAUCAUCAUCGCCUACCCUCCGCGGAUCACAACAGGUCCACCGCCCAUUGUGAGGGGAGUGACCGGGAUACCUAUUCAGCUCAACUGUGCCGCCAUUGGGAUCCCCAAACCAGAGAUAAUCUGGGAGUUGCCCGAUCAUUCAGUUCUGUCAGCGGCAGACCAGGGUCGGCCCAUGGGUAGCGAACUGCUCCACCCUCAGGGCACACUUAUUAUUCAGAGGCCCAAAGCCUCAGACUCUGGCACAUACAAGUGCCAGGCCAAGAACCUCCUGGGUACAGACUCCAAGGUCACAUAUGUGCGAAUAUUGUGAGAAAAAGACAAUACCAAUGGAGGACUAUGGCACGACCAAGAGUAAACAUCAACAGACACUUGUGCAACGUUUCACAUGUGGAUUAAAGAUGAUUAAGGCUUCAGGAACAUUGUUAAAAAAAGUGACUAAUUUGGAUCAAUACAAUUAACA